AUGCUCAAUAGCACGUGGGAUUGUAAACUUAACGAGUGUCUCUUUUUGGCCAAGCGCAGUUCGACAACGGCAAUCGUCUGGGCGGCACCGUCAGAAACCAAGUCGACGGUGCGCAGUUUACUUCCGGGCGGACAAUAUGUUAUCACACAAGAGUGGGCCGUCCAUUGUGCCUGCAGCGAUUCGUUGUUUUCUACUCGGGGUGAUUCGGGUGCGGCUAUCGUGGACAUUGAUGGCCGAUUGGGCGGGUUUAUCUGCAUGGGUGCAGGGUCCCCAAAGACAAGUGAGACUCUGUUGCAAAGCAAAAUGUUUAUUACGGAUGAUCUGAUGGAUAUCAAAUAUGUGACGCCGGCCGCAUUGGUGAUGGAGGAUAUUGAGAAGGAGCUAGGACAGUCUGUCAAGAUUCUCUGA